CAGAUGUUGAUGUUUUUCGUGCGCACGCAGCAGCCACAUGAGUGGAGGAGUCCCGCGUAUCGAUUUAGUAAGCGACAGGCCAAGGCAUUUCGAGAGUUGAUCGCCGUAGUAGAGGUAGUAGUAGAGGAAGAGGAGGAGGAGGUAGAGGGGGAAGGUUAA